GGAUCUGAUAGUUCUGUAAGUCAGAAGUGAGACCUGCAGUUAAACUGUAACCACAUUAAAUGCUUAUAAGCUACUGUGCUGCCAAUAGAUUGAAAGGAGCCUUCAAGGAGUGCUAAAGGUACAAUUCGAUACUGAGCAAAUACUGGCAAUGUGCUAUGGAAUUGGCCUCAGGGGAAGAUGAGUGUCUCUGCCAGAGACAAAGAUACUGUGUGGAUCGACCAAUAUACACCCAGGAAUAUCUACAAAAACAACUGCAUGUGAAGGAGACUGAGCCACAGUCUGUCUGCCAUAAAAUCACACAUUCUUGCCGGUGUACUGUGAAAAAGGCAAAGUCCCAGCUGUAUAGCUUUCUUCCAAUUUUGAAAUGGCUCCCACGUUACCCAGUAAAGGAGUAUCUCUUAGGAGACAUCGUUUCAGGGUUGAGUACUGGUGUCAUGCAACUUCCUCAAGGAUUAGCCUAUGCCUUGCUAGCAGCUGUUCCACCGGUAUUUGGACUUUAUUCCUCAUUCUAUCCAGUAUUCCUAUACACAUUCUUUGGAACAUCACGACACAUCUCAAUAGGUACCUUUGCGGUAAUAAGCCUGAUGAUUGGCGGGGUUGCUGUCAGGAUGGCCCCAGAUGAGAAUUUCCUAAUUACGAACACAAAUUCUACAAAUAGCACCAUUAACCAGGAGAAUGUUGACGCAAGAGAUGCCCUGAGAGUGCAAGUGGCAGUAGCUAUUACUUUGUUAUGUGGGCUAAUACAGCUACUUCUAGGAAUCCUGCGAUUUGGCUUUGUGUCCAUCUACCUGACAGAGCCAUUGGUACGGGGCUUUACAACAGCAGCUGCAGUUCAUGUCUUUACAUCUCAGCUAAAAUACCUCCUUGGGGUGAAAACAAAAAGAUUCAGUGGACCUCUUUCAGUUAUGUAUAGCUUAGCCGCUGUGUUCACUAAUAUCACAACUACCAAUAUUGCCACAUUGAUUACGGGUUCAAUAUGUGUGAUAUUGUUGCUUGGGGCUAAAGAAAUUAAUGAUCGAUUCAAGAAAAAAUUGCCAGUGCCAAUUCCCAUGGAGAUUAUUGUUGUAAUAAUUUCAACUGGAAUCUCCUUUGGAAUGUCUCUUGAAGAUACCUAUGGUGUGCAUGUUGUUGGAAAUAUCCCUACAGGGUUUCGCCCUCCAGCACUGCCUGACUACAAACUGUUCUCUGCUGUAUUUGUGGAUGCACUGGCCAUUGCUGUUGUUGGAUUCUCUAUGACAAUUUCAAUGGCAAAGAUAUUUGCUCUUAAACAUGGCUAUACAGUAAAUGGAAAUCAGGAACUUAUUGCAUUGGGGCUUUGCAAUUCUAUUGGCUCAUUUUUUCAGACAUUUGCAGUGACCUGCUCUAUGUCCCGAAGUCUUGUUCAGGAAAGCACUGGAGGAAAUACACAGAUUGCAGGUUUGCUGUCCUCGUUUAUGGUGCUUUUGGUGAUACUUGUCAUUGGAUACCUUUUUGAACCGCUACCCCAGACAGUACUAGCUGCCAUUGUAAUGGUGAAUCUGAAAGGAAUGUUUAAGCAGUUUGCAGAUAUCCCACAUUUAUGGAGAACUAGCAAAUUAGAACUGGCUAUCUGGGUGGUCUCUUUCUUGGCAUCUGUUUCGCUGGGCCUAGAUUAUGGCUUACUUGUUGCUGUAGCGUUUGCCAUCAUAACUGUGAUCUAUCGUACACAAAGUCCAGAGUACAGAAUCCUUGGACAGAUUCCAAAUACAGAUAUAUAUUGCGAUGUAGAAGAAUAUGAAGAGGUAAAGGAAUACCCUGGAAUAAAAGUAUUUCAGGCGAACACGUCGCUCUACUUUGCCAACAGUGAGCUAUUUGUCAGUGCAUUGAGAAAAAAGACAGGGAUUGAUCCUGGUGCUAUAAUGAUUGCCAAGAAAAAGGCGCAGAAGAGGCAUGCCAGAGAAUUGAAGAAAACAAAGCAAACGGAGAAGAAAGCUGUUUUAAAGCUUACCAAUGAUGUGGAAAUGGCUGUAAAGCAUGAACUAAUGGACGACGAUCCCAUGACAGAUUUAUCAGUAAAUGAUAAAAAUGGAUCAGCUGACAGAAAUAUGCAUAACAGCCCAUCGGAGGAACUGGAAUACUUUAUGUCCCCAGCCAUCAAUGUUCAUUCCAUCAUUCUGGACUUCACUCCUGUCAACUUUGUAGACUCUGUUGGAGCAAAAUCCCUGAAGUCGGCAAUGAAGGAGUAUAAAGAAAUUGGUGUUGAUGUCCUUCUAUCUGGCUGCAAUGCACUGGUUGUACGAGAUCUAACCAGUUUAAAUUUCUUUGACAAAAACAUCGAGAAAGACCUUCUAUUUCACAGUAUUCAUGAUGCUAUGAUCCACUGCAAGUUUAAAGCCUCUUCCUCAGCACUCACAUCUUCAGAGGAGCAGGUUCUGACCUCAGAUACAAUCAGCCAGAUCUGAACCUUGCUGCACCCCACGAGACCUCACAUCACAUCACCCUUCUAUAAGAUGACAGUGCAAUAACCUGGUCAGACAUUUUGUCUUAAGGGAGGUAACCUUGUUUGCCUCCCCUACUACCCAAAGGAUCACAUGUUUACUCAAUAACCUUUUUUCACAGUCUAACACCAUGUUACUGGCACUUUAUGUGUUGUCAAGAGGCAAAAUGGGUAGAUGUGAGCUCAAGAUAACUGGUCGGUCAUAUUUGACCCCGUAUUCAACCGUUUUUAUUAACAUUUCAGUGUAAAAGAGUGCAUAAUGGUGAGAAAAUGAGCAGUAGAAUGUGUUAGUUGUACUUAAGGUACAUUUUACCUUCCUAAAAUACAGUAGAAAAGACAAAUCAAUCAAACUAAAUCUAGAAAAGGUACUUCUUUGUUUGUGAAAUAAGUCACAUGGGGUUUGUCCUA